UAGGGGGAGAGAUGCUCGUUUUCUGUCCAGAUGUGGCAUUACUUCUGCUGUGCUCUUCAUCAUGAUCUAUGGACUAUCCUACCUCCCAAGACAGCCCAGGAAAUUCUUACAGAUGUGCUGGAGCAAACUUUGGAUAUCCUGUCUUCCAGAUAUUGUCAGGCCAGCCCCAGUUACAAGAGAACACCACAAAUCAGAAUUGAUAUUGCAGCAAUUUUGAUGUGCACUGAAGACAUGAUCUGGUCAGUGUGCAGCUCUGUAGAGGAGUUUCUGAAUCCACAUGAAGACAGAGAUCUCAAGAUCUAUAAAAUACAUAUCCACUGCAAUAGUCUGCUCUCUGUGUUGGCCGUUUUAACUUCACCACUGAAGACUUUGUAUGAGACAUUUCUGGACAAUUCUGAUGAACAUCUUCCUCAAGAUUUUUCACAUAUAACUUACCAUCCAUCACACUGGUUGUUCUGCAUACCAUCAUCCUGUUCAUCCUUACUGAAAGCUCCACCAGCCAGAGAAAUGACAGCCCAGGGUCAGCUGAAACUGCUCUUAUCCCAGCCACACUGUAAUUUGAACUUGCUUUUGGACACGUUGCUACAUCACGAUUGUCUCUUGGUGAAAAUCCUACUGAGAAGUUCAAAACAGAUAAAUAACAAACGACUUACUCUGGUUGAAACAAUCUUCACAGUAUUAUCUUACUGCACUUUAUCACCCAAAUCUCUUGCCAUUGCUUUUGAGACAUACAUGGAACAAGAGCAGUUGUGGAAUUUCUUAUACACCAUGACAGUUUCCAGUUACGGUAAGUCAGAGCCAGAGGUUAUCAGAUGCUUGAAGUUGACUUUGAUUAAUUCAGUCAAGGGUAUAGUGAAGCAGAUAAUUUCCUUGAUGCAUUCUUGGGAGGCAACAGAAAACUAUGGAACGUACCAGCACAAGCAAAUAAUUCCUGAAAGUUUGCUGAAAACAAUUCCAAAGGAAUGGAAUUACACUCCUCGGGAAAUGAAGAGAAAAGAAUCUGGGAAAUGCUUCACAAGGCUUGCAGCUCAGGCAGUAUCUAUUGUAAUCAGCAAGUUACCUACAGUGAUUGCAUGUUUGCCUCCCCCAAUUAAGUACUUCUUUUUUCUGGCUGAGAGAAAAAUGUCAAGAAACUUUGCUGAAUUGAAGAAAGCUGGUCUGCUUGUCUGGAACUUGAUUGUAAUUAUAUGUCGGAUAUUUGAGGAUGGAAAUACUGCAGAACUUUUAACAGGUGCAACUCUUGACAGAUGGAGCAAAGAAAAACUCAGUUUAGUUCGUGUGUGCUUAGAAAGCAUUAUGGGAAAACAGAAAAGUGGCCCUAAGCAAGUGACCCAGAAGGUUAUACAAAGCAUUGAGCAGCAAAGACCAAACUGGAUUGAGAGCCAGUUGCUGAAGGCAAGAAAAUUAAGCGUAGGCUGUGGCUCAGUCUCAGCAGAAAGCACACCGCUGGAGGAAGGGGGUUUUGCACCGGGAUUCAGUGAGCAGAAAAUAAACAUGAUGGUCCUGGAUAUCUGCCACAAACCAGGUGGCACCGAGUACCUGAGGCAAAUUUAUCACAUCAUCCGGCUCAAUGAGGAGUAUUUGAAAGAGCAGCUGUCUUGUGAGAAUUCCUCUGAAGAUGAUACCUCAAGUCAAUCCCUGCCUAUGAGGCUGAAGGGCAGAGAAGAGCAGCCUGGCUUCAACCCUUUCCAGGUCUACAGAAAAUCCUGUGCAAAGGUGUUCAAUCAGUCAACCAUUACUGAAUGGAACUGGGAUUGGUCAAACUUGCUGCCAAGUUAUUUGGGACAGAACAAGAUGACCUUCAGGGUGCUGCUGGCACACAGGUGGGAGAUGAAAGAAGGUGCAGAACUUGAAGAUGAGGAUAAAGUUAUGGUGGAACACUUAAAGAAUGCUUAUUUGACACAGAGCACUCCUACCUCAGAGGAUAAAGAAGAAUAA